AUGUUGCCACUUAGAGAGAAUAGUGAGAGCAAUUUGUCUAGACCUCUUUUAAUGCAAGAAAUCGAAAGAUAUGAACAAGAACAGGAUGAUGAGGAUAUCGAUGAGACUAAUGCUAAAAUAUUACAAGAUGGAAUAGAUAUGACUAAAUAUUCAGAGUUUACUUCAACAAAUGCGUCUGGAGGGGAGGAUAUACGUUACGAUAAUUUAUACGCAACCCUUUCUUAUUCACUACUUCAAAACCGAGACUUGUCCUUGUUGUCACAGAACGAGCAACAACUAGAGCAGUUACAAGAGCAUCAUAUAAGCAACCUCGCAACGAUAGAGGAGGAAUAUAAACAAGAUCUUAGUAACAAGAGACAACGAAUCGAAGAAAUAAAUGUAUUACGGAAGAGGAGACAAGUAGUUGACUUCAAACCGGUGAAUGAUUAUUUAAAUGACAGAUGGAAAGAUGGCAUUAAAUCAGUAGUUGAACUUGGUGUUGAAGCCAAGAGAAUGGAUAUGGAUAUGCAUUGA